UCGACACCGGAAGCCUACCUAUGACAGUGCUGAUUGUCAUGUUGGUACUGAUAUCUGUACUACUUUUUCUGGCUGUCUUUUUGCUUCUACACCGGUACCGCAGUCGAUGCCAGAGCCGAGACGAGGACUUGUACCGACCGCCUGCCUACUGCCUGGCCCCAGACCAUCAUCUGGACUGGGUGGAGAACGGGUCCAGCAUGAAGAGCAAGGGAUCGGCCAGGACACUGAAUUCCAGGAGUCACUAUAGCAUCGCCGCACAUCAUUUACACAUGCCGCUACCUCCGAUACCACAGUCCAACGUGCCCAGGAGAGGCAAAACAUACAGGAGACCUCCAUCUGUGGGAAGCAGCGUCAAGGUGCCCUACGUCCAGCCCCAAGACGCCAUUGGUCAAGAGUCCAGCGAGGAUGGAGAAAUUACUGCGCUCAGCUCCGGAAGUCCAAAAGUUCAUUAUAAGUCACCGCGUGAUCGUCCGACUAGACAAAACAGUCCUCUGUAUGCCUGCGUUCCUGUUAGUUCCACAGAUGAAUAA